AGCUGUUCAAUAAACUCGCAGAUCGUGUUUUAUCGGGUCUAAAACCACUCGGCUACGCCUCGUGUUUUAUACCCGAUAAAACACUCCUGCUCGUUUAUUAAACAGUACAUAAUCCACAAAAAACUAUAGAAGAAAGAUCAAAGAAAUAUUUCGUAUAAUGACGUCAUAGUUCAUGAAUUACGUCAUAGUCGCGAAAAUAGUGCGCGCAUGGUUACAUCGACCAAUGACGCGCGCGCCUAAAAAUAUAAAAAUAGAAACAGUUUGAUGGGCUGGGAGAUUAAGAAUAUUGUAAUAGUUCUGCUUAUCGUAUCGCCAGUCUUUUCUUAUGCAAGUGAUCGAAAGCCCAAAGUCAACGACUUAGUCGGCAGUUUUGCUAUCAAACUUGAUGAACUGCGUCGAGAUUGUCUUGGUGUUGAGCUAAUCCAAAAUGAAGUCAAUGAAAAAGUAAAAGCAGUUAAAGAUGUCGUCGACGGAAAUAAAAUCAUCAAGCAACUAUCAGACGUUAUACGACAUCGAUUUUCAGAUAGAAUAACAGCCCUGCAAGAGUUAAAACGAGGAGUCGAAGAAGACUAUGCCAGGAGCUAUGGUAAGAGUUACUUCGUAGUAACAAACAGAUACUAUACCUUACAUACGGCUCAUUUGAAAUUCGAUCUAAGUGAAUUUGUUUCAGUUGACCAGCACCCAUGCUGUAAUCUUCCAUUAAAUUCGGUCAAGUACGACCCUCGAUUCAAGGCCAAUAUCGACUCAGGUCUCUCGUGUGAAUUGAGGUCUCAAAAGUCAAAACAAUCCGCGAGGGGACUGGGAGACAAUACUAUGGAAGCAAUGUACAAAAACUUGAAAAAGAAUCAUCGUCUAAAAUGGCAGUACUUUGGCUCAACAGAAGGGAUAACCACAACGUUCCCAUCACGUCCUGUAAAGGACUGUGGACAGUAUGACAACAGGUUAAGGCCAUGGUAUGUGAUGACAGCUAGCCCGUCUACCAAGAACAUUGUUAUUGUCCUUGAUACAAGUAGCUCGAUGGCUGCAUCCAUUACCUUAGAGGGAAAUAGGACCACUAGGCUUGAGGUUGCUAAGGAUGCUGUGACAUCCCUUUUGAAUGCUUUGUCGCCGGAGGAUCAGGUUGGAGUUGUGUUGUUCAAUACUAAAGCGAAUUUACCAGGCAAAGUAGGCGAAGAUGACUGUUUCCAAAAAGGACUUGCAAGAGCUACGUCCUUUAACUUGAAACACCUUGCGAGCUUUGUAUCUGAAGCAAAGCCAGGAGGAGGAACUAACUACGAAAGAAGCUUCGACGCCGCAUUUAGUCUUCUAAAAAAAUCAGUAGAUAAAGAAAGAGGCGACAAGAGAAGGCAGUCAGUCAUCUUGUUUAUUACGGACGGCGCACCCAAGGACCUAUCAGAUCCAAUAUUCCAAUCAAUAAAUACCCACCAAGAUAAAAUGUACGCUGAUAAUACCAGAGUGUUGAUCCUGACGUAUGGCAUUGGCAAGGAUCACGAGAUGACAAAAUUUUUGAAAAGACUAUCAAAGGAGACGACCCCCACUGUCUUCAAACCGGUCGAGAACAUUGCCAAUCUUCACGCUAAACUCUCUACAUACUACGAGCAUUUGGAAGGAGCCAAGAUCACUUCUGUCAAGACAUACACUUCCGUCUCCUCGCCAUACCUCGAUGCGUGGGGCCUGGGAGUCCUUAUAACUGUAGCCAUCCCAUGUUUUCGUGAUGGAGUCUUGAAAGGAGUCGCAGGAACCGAUAUCACACUUACUGAUCUUCUUUCUGACGUCCAGUACUUCAAUCAUGCUGGAACCGAUUCCUACUCCUUCAUGGCACACCUCCAUAAUGGCAUCGUACUUAGUCAUCCUCUCAUGCCUCCCCCGGGAGCUAUCACUGAAGAUCCAGCUCUCAUUGAUAUCUUCAAGCUCGAACAGGGGCAGGCGUUCAAGCGGUUCUUUGGAACACUAAGAAAUCUGCAGGGAAAGGAGGUUCGGAGCAAGGAAAUUCAGAGACAACGAAUUUCUUUUACACGAGAUGGAGGAAGCAGGCAAGGAAUCUCUGAAAUGAAGGUUAAUUAUCACUACCACUGUAGUCGUGUGAUGAUGUACGUCAUUUGUAUUGCCAUAGCGGACAAAGAUAAAACAGUGACCGUCCAAGACACAAACGGCGGUAAGGUAGCAUAUCACAGGAUGGACUUGGUCCCACAUGGACAGACGUGCUACUAUGCAGACUCCGUAUCGUACAGAGAUAAAUCGACAAUCAAGUUUAGUCCCAGAGCCUUCAACGACCCCUCAGAAUACCUCGACAGCGAAGAGACACCGAGCAAGAUCACCAGCUACAUGAACGACCUAAUCCAUAAGCACAGGAAAACGUUCCCAAGUGGCAUUGCUGAAACUGCUAAGAUUGGGGUUUCUCUGGAGAAACUUUGGGUUCAUAGUCAUCAUAAAAAAUGUCUCGCCCAAAUUCCAAGGCGCUUUUUCGGAACAAUUAAUGGCGUCCUAAAGUUCUUUCCGGGAGAGCCUUUGCCACAAAGUUAUGACCACUCUAACCGUCAUUGGUUUUUGAAGGCGAAGAAUUCCCCAAACCAGUUGACGUUCACCACUCCAUACCAAGAUCCUCUGGGAGCAGGAAUCAUCAUGUCCAUCAGCCAAUCUGUUACCAUGGCAAUCAGCAACCCAAACCAGGACAACCUGUUUGGUGUUGUCGCAGCUGAUCUCACAAUUUCAAAUUUUGAUAUUCUGAUUAAAAACGAGCUUGGCUUCCGCUGCCAGGAUACAAGAACGACCACGUGUUUUUUGGUGGACACGAGUGGAUACGUCGUCUUUCACCCCAGGUUCGCUAAGCGAAAUUUAUACGACGACGUUGCCAUAGUUACCAACAAGCACAUCACUGAAAUACAUGGACACAUUGCGAGCUACUUUAUCAAGAUAGGCGCAAUGAAAAAGAAGACAUGUCAGGAUUUCUCACAGAGGAACAUGCAGAUAUUUUACGAGCUUGAUGUUGGAGCUGAUGAUAUCAUAUAUAACGAACAAGAAACACCUGGUCGGUGCGAUAUGUUCGCCAUGACAAGAAUACCACAGAGCAACGUCUUCCUCGUGGCGUCGUUCGCUACCAGCCAAUCCAGUUGUUAUGACAGCGCGUCAUGUCACUGUGAGAAAACUUGUUCAACUAAUUCUACUUGCGAGUGUCCUUGUACGAAGUAUCUGGACUAUGAUUAUUGCAACGAUGUCAUCAAGAACGAGUUAAUCCCAUCAUGCAGUCCUCCCUCCGCCAAAGUUUUAAGUCGUCCACCACUUCCAUCGAACACCGCUGACCUUCCGAACUGCUUCAACCCAAAAUGUGAUGAAAUUGAAAGUGAAAGCUCUUGUCGUAAAACAUUUGGCUGCAGUUGGUGUAAGUGGGAAGAAAGCAAAGAACGGGAUAUUCCAUUCUGUUCUUACGAUAACGAUUGUUACGGCGGCGUGUGGAACAGAAAGAAUCCAUUCAUACGUGAAUUGGGACCAAAGACGACCCAAGUCGAUCCGACGGACCAAACAACAACUUGGUUAAGCACAAAAAACAUGCCUGCUCUCAUCGUUGCCGUUGUCUCGUUCCUACUUCUAAUACUAUUAAUGUCAGUGUGUAUUUACCUCUGCUGCUGUGGGAAGAAAAAGAAGGAAAAACCUACAGAAAUGGAUGCACAGGUGAUGGAAGGAUACUACCCUGGUGUCGAGAUGGACGAAGCGAUAUAUACACAGGAAUAUCAGGCGGGGUAUAACUACGGGCAGGAAGGAUACUACGAAGAGAAUGAAGAAUACGAGCCGGAAGAAUACGACUACGAUGAUGAAUUUUGA